GAGUCAUCCCGGUAAUACACGAUCUGUGUGCAGCUGCACGGCGCUCAUGCCCGCCGUCGGACCGACUCCGUGAGGAUGGACGGUGUGUCGGUGGACGGUGUGUCGGUGGACGGUGUGUCGCUGGGUCUGGUGGCCAAGCCGGCCUCGCCACGACCAAACUGCAACACGGAUUCAGAGGAGGACACGGUGAACGCCGGGAUGCACACCUUCAACCAGACGCACAUGAGGAAGGCUUUCCAGCUGAUGAACGAGCUGAGGAGUAAAAAUAUGCUGUGUGACGUCCAGCUGGUGGCGGGGAGCGUUGAAGUGCCGGCUCACAGGGUGGUCCUGGCGUCCUGUAGCCCCUACUUCUGUGCCAUGUUCACAGGUGAUAUGAGUGAGAGCAAAGCCCAUCAGGUGGAGAUCAGGGAGGUGGACGGACAGACCCUGAGGAAGCUGGUCGACUACAUCUACACAGCUGAGAUAGAGGUCACAGAGGACAACGUCCAGGUUCUGCUGCCAGCAGCCAGCCUCCUCCAGCUGAUGGAUGUUCGUCAGGUCUGUUGUGAGUUCCUGCAGUCUCAGCUUCACCCCACCAACUGUCUGGGCAUCAGAGCCUUCGCUGAUCUGCACACAUGCACGCAGCUUCUCGACCAGUCCCACGCAUACGCUGAGCAGCAUUUCUCUGACGUGGUGCAGGGAGAAGAGUUCCUGGGCCUCUCGCUGCAGCAGGUGUGCUGCCUCAUCUCCAGCGACAAACUGACUGUUUCCACAGAGGAGAAGGUAUUUGAGGCGAUGAUAUCUUGGAUCAAGAACGAUAAACCAGCUCGUCUGGAGCACAUGCCCAAACUGAUGGAGCAUGUCAGACUCCCACUGCUGUCCAGGGAUUACCUGGUACAGAUCGUGGAGGAAGAGGCUUUGAUAAAGAACAACAACACCUGUAAAGAUUUUCUCAUAGAAGCAAUGAAGUAUCACCUGCUGCCAGCCGACCAGCGGCACCUCAUGAAGACAGACAGGACCCGACCACGAACUCCCAUCAGCAUCCCAAAGGUGAUGAUUGUGGUGGGCGGACAGGCUCCUAAGGCGAUCCGCAGCGUGGAGUGUUACGACUUCCAGGAGGAUCGAUGGUACCAAGUAGCGGACCUGCCUUCAAGACGCUGUCGAGCAGGUGUGGUUUCCAUGGCGGGCCGCGUGUACGCAGUCGGGGGGUUCAACAGUUCACUGAGGGAGCGAACUGUGGACAUAUACGACGGAGUGAGAGACCAGUGGAGUGCGGUGGCGAGCAUGCAGGAGAGGCGCAGUACGCUGGGAGCUGCUGUGUUGGGGGACUUUCUGUACGCCGUGGGGGGCUUCAACGGCAGUAUAGGAUUGUCGACGGUAGAAGUUCACAAUUAUAAAACCAACGAGUGGAUUUACGUCACCUCCAUGAACACCAGACGCAGCAGUGUGGGUGUAGGGGUGGUCGACGGUAAGUUGUAUGCAGUAGGAGGCUACGAUGGAGCAUCCCGACAGUGUCUCAGUACAGUGGAAGAGUACGACCCUGUUGCUGACCAGUGGUGCUACGUAGCCAACAUGAGCACACGCCGCAGUGGAGCAGGGGUAGGUGUGUUGAGCGGUCAGCUGUACGCAGCAGGAGGACACGACGGCCCCCUGGUGAGGAAGAGCGUUGAGGUGUACGACCCACAGACCAACAGCUGGAGACUGGUCUGUGACAUGAACAUGUGCCGACGUAACGCAGGCGUCUGUGCCAUUAACGGGCUGCUGUACGUGAUUGGAGGAGACGACGGCUCCUGUAACCUCUCCUCUGUAGAGUUUUACAACCCGGCCAUAGACAAGUGGAGCCUCAUUCCCACAAACAUGAGCAACGGACGCAGCUAUGCAGGAGUCGCAGUGAUUGACAAGCCGCUAUGACCAGGCGCCUCCCACAGCAUCAGCUCUGCGUCGGCAGCCGGCUUCACAGAGACUCACACUGACGUCUGAAGCUCAAGAGGCAGACGGAGGAGUGACGCCUGAGAUGAACACUGUCCAAAUGGUCGGGACGCUUUCAAUUAAGGAUGCAACUUUUUUUUUUUCGCUCUAAACCACAACCUGAUUUUGUUGCUAUGUCCAUUUUUAUGAGUGAGAUCCUGACUUUUAAAGGACAUUGUUGCACUGGAUUUAAAAAAAAAAAAGAAGAAAAAAAAACAUUGGCCACAGGAUGAUGGGCUUAUAAGAACUUUUUUUUUGUGAGUUUUCAAAUGAAAAGCACAUAACAAGUGGCUGUAUCAGCUGACAUGAGACUCACUAAGAUGCGGAUGUUGGCCAAAGGAAGCAAAGUGCUUUAGAUGCUCAGUGGUGUUCAUGUGAUGGACCGCAUCCAGCCUGGGAAUCUGAAUACUUUAAAACACCAGCUUGCUUAUUUCUGGCUCACUGGCUGCCUUCACCGUUAACGGUGUGGCUGCAAUCAUCAGGACAUUGCGACACUGGCCUGUGUUUGGAUUUUGUAGGAGCGAAACCUGGCUACCCCGCGGGAGACUUUCUUUUUUUUUGUUUUUUUUUAAAUGAUGAAACUUGCAGACUAUGCUACAAAAUACAUCAGCUCAUGGCAACUUGAUAUCUGCUCCGACCAUCAGCAGGUCCAGCUGUUGAGUGGUUGUGUGGUUUGCAAAAGGCCACAGCUGACGGAGUACAUAUGUUCUCAACCCAGAGCCCCGGACCAAGAGAGCUGCAAGACAAUUUAAAGAAUGUAGAAAACAUCUUAUAUGCAAAUCAGCCAUGAUAUUUAAUAUUUUUGAAAUUGUUUUUAAAGAGGUUGCGGACCACUUGCUGUGGCUUUAAAACCCGAGCCAGUUGAUCUGAUUCGACACAGUAGGACUGGAGUCUGUUGUCGACACACUACUGAUGCACUGAUCGUUGCACUGACUGAUGCACAGACGGGCAUGCUGGCUGUCUGACUCUCUGGUUGCCCCGGACGGCCGUCUGCCUGUCUUUGUAACUGACCUGCUGCCAGACAGACGGCCGCUCAGCUGUCUGUCUCCGUUACUGACCGUACUCAUGGGAGCAUUUAAACUCACCACUUUGAGGCCAAUAAUUUCAUCAGAAAUUAAAAAAAAACAAAUGUGCCAGUUAUGCUGAUCAGAAUAAUGCUGGAGUCACAUGGUGUUUUUAAUCUCUUUAUAACAAACUUAAACGAUGAAUUGUUUCUGUUUAUUGUCUAAGGGAGUGUGUCAAAAUACACUGUAUAAAUUCAUCCGUUAAACUAAAAUAUAACAAAAUGCAGGUUUAACAUCUUCUAUUUAUUGUUUUGGGGCAUUUGAUCACAUAGCAUUUCUUCAUAUCAAAGUGAGGUUCUCAUUUCAUUUUCUCAGCCUUGUGUCACACUUUGUGCUCCAUUCACAUUAUUUCAGACAAUGCUGGGUGUGUUUUACAUGUAGUUCUUUAGCUGACUGACUGGUGCCAUAGCUUUUAAAGAAAAGAGAUUUAUAGAAGCUGCUUUAUAAAAGGAGUUCUCAGCCUAACCUUUCACUUCUGCCUGCAAUCUAACAGAAAUCAUGGAUGCAAUCUGCCUUCAUUUCAAAACCCUCUGACAAAAAGUAUAUGGAAUACUUAAAAGACCAUACUGUUGUUUUUGUAUGUAAGGAAGUUAUAACUAUACACAAUAUGAUGCAGACCGGCUAAAAGAUCCAAACACAAGUAUGGUUGAGGUUCAUCGUUCAUUCUUGACCCUGGAAACAGAAGUUGAUAAAAUAAUUUCAAUUCAAGGUCCUUUUAGAAGCUGAUCUGGAGCUUUUAAACACAUUUCUCAGCCCUCAUUAGCUUCCGAUGUUAAAACACGCCUCUGACUUUAAAAGUUUCACCUUAAUUGACGAGGACUUAGUUAAGAGUUAAGGAAUGGACCUUGAAGUGAGAUUCUUUUUUUUUUGUGAUAUGGUAUGAAAGCUUUCCGAUGAAUAAUGUUCUUACUAAGCGCAGAUGUUAUAUUUUUAAUUUCAUAAACUAUGGAUGUUGUAAAAUGAACAGUUGAUAUUGUGAGUUUAUUGAUUGUUUAGUGUUGGGGAGAUUGUGUGGUUUGAACUUUCAUACAUUCAUAGUUGAAGCUUCUGCACUGAACCUGUGUCAAACUUGAAAUAAUUUAAAUUAAGUUCACAAAUUAAGCAGGUUUACUUUGCAAAACUCCUUUAAACUGACUUGACUGACUUUAAACUGGCUUUUGUCUUAAAUUGUAAUAUUACAUGAGAGAGGUGGAGUAUUAUACAUUUCAUUAUGACUGGCAGAUGUGUUUGAAGCAUUACCAUAGAUUAAAUAGAUAAUCUAAAUUAUAUUAAUUUUGUAUUAUAACAUCUUUUAUUUGUGAUGUUCUCGGCCUCCUUCACUGUUUUCAGUUACUUUUAGUUUGGCCAACAGUAUUUACAUGACAUUUGCCUUGUUACAGCACGGAAACCAUAGGAGUGACAUAUAACACUUAUGAUGAUCAAGAACUGGUUCACUACGACGACUGUAGCCAUGAUUAAUGUUAUUAGUAACACCUGUGCUUUUUAUACUGUCACGUGUGUAAAUAUGAAAGGGCUUGACCACUGUUAAUGUGUAAAUGUAAAAGAUGUAUGAAAAACACUAUAUAAAAAAUAAAAAGUAAA